CCCAAUUCCAUUUUCCUCCUCCGACUCUUUUUCUCUACCGAGAGAAAGAACGAGGAGAAAAACUCGGUUUGAUUUCAGAUCAAAAGACAGAAAGUGCGAUUUGUUUAAAGGGUUGAAUCUUGAUUCAACAAAUGACGAACAACAGUGAGCUAAAAAAGGAGCUUUUGGAGCAAGUUUACCAUGAAAACUGCCCGGGUUGUAAAGUGGAUCGUCAAAAACGGAUGCAAAAGGGGUUACCCAUUAAGGAGCUCAUUUUUAUUUGGAUCGUGGUCUUAUGUGUUGCAUUGCCAAUAUCAUCUCUCUUUCCAUUUCUUUAUUUCAUGAUAAAGGAUUUCAACAUUGCGGAGAAAGAGGAGGACAUUAGUUACUAUGCAGGUUUUGUUGGGUCUGCAUAUAUGAUUGGAAGGGCAAUGACAUCUGUGUUUUGGGGAGUGGUGGCUGAUAGAUAUGGUCGCAAACCAGUUAUUCUUUUGGGCACAUCAACAGUGGUUAUUUUCAACACACUUUUUGGUUUUAGUGUAAAUUAUUGGAUGGCUAUUGCUACAAGGUUUCUUCUUGGAUUUUUAAAUGGGCUACUUGGACCAAUAAAGGCAUAUGCAUGUGAACUUUUCCCUGAAGAACAUCAAGCUUUGGGAUUGUCAGCUAUUAGUACAUCAUGGGGAAUAGGACUCAUCAUUGGCCCAGCUUUGGGAGGUUACCUUGCACAGCCUGCAGAGAAAUUUCCUGCUCUAGUAUCUUCAGAUUCUCUAUUUGGGAGAUUUCCAUACUUAUUGCCUUGCCUUUGUAUCUCCAUUUUUGCACUUUUUGUGACCAUUGCUGCAUUGUGGCUUCCGGAAACAUUACAUUUUCAUAAAAAAGACGAGUUGGAGUCUGCUUCAUAUGAUACUGAGGGAAAGACAAAUGAAGGAAAAGAUUCAAGUUUAGGAAGCCUCCUGAAAAACUGGCCACUAAUGUCUUCUAUUAUUGUCUACUGUGUUUUUUCACUUCAUGACAUGGCUUACUCAGAGAUUUUCUCAUUGUGGGCUGUGAGCCCUAAGAGUUUGGGGGGAUUGAAUUAUACUACUGAAGAUGUAGGGACAGUUUUGUCUGUUACAGGGGUUGGACUUCUUGUCUUCCAGUUCACAUUGUAUCCAAUUAUGGAGAGGAUAUUUGGCCCCAUAGUAGUAGCUCGCAUUGCAGGAGUUGUGUCUAUACCACUACUCACAAGUUAUCCAUUCAUAGCCAUGUUGACUGGAUUUGCUCUCUCGUUGACUUUAAAUUGUGCAUCCAUUAUAAAGAAUGUUUUAUCUGUAUCCAUCAUAACAGGGACAUUCAUGCUGCAAAAUAAAGCUGUGGAUCAACACCAAAGAGGUGCAGCGAAUGGUAUAGCCAUGACUAUGCAGUCAAUUUGCAAAGCCAUUGGUCCAGCUUGUGGAGGAGCACUAUUGUCGUGGUCCCAACAAAGAAAAAAUGCAGCAUUUCUUCCUGGUGACCAAAUGAUAUUUUUCAUCUUGAAUAUAAUCGAAGCAAUUGGAGUUAUAUUGACGUUUAAACCGUUUUUGAUCACAAACCAUUACUAAGUUGGUAGCAUUCAAAUCUAGCUUCAACUCACAUUGGGCAAUUGCUACUCUACAUAACCAAUUCUACAUAGACUUUCAAUAAUAUGUCAAUAUCUAUUGACUAUUGUUGUAGCUGUAAAAAAGGCCUCUAGCUUGUAUUGCAUUGGGUUUUGGAUGUAAUUUUUAUAAGGGUUAGAGUAUGUUUCAUGUAUUAUUAAUAAUUUGAUUAUUCUAUAUAAGGAAGAGAAGGGGGGUUCUUUACAACUUUUUGUUUGCCAUUUUUUUUUAUAACAAGUAAUCCGAUACUUUGUCUUUUUAUGUCAAAGUGAGUCAAAACUCAAAACAAGUAUUUUGUGGGGGUGAGUCAAGGAAGUAGAGUGAGGUUGGUUUGACCGGCAAACAUUUUAUUACCGUUACAAAUUAAUGUAUUAAAUAUGAUUGUAAAAGACAGUAUAACGGGUUGUUUGUAAGCCUCUUUACCAGGCAGUAAAAAGUUAGUCUCACUCAGUGAAAUUCUAACUGUUUGAUAGAAGUCUUUGAUUUCGUCCAGUAACCUCUUAUCAGGUGUAAUAAGAGGUUGGGUUUGAUUCGAAGUUGGCCUAUCAAACAACCCC